UGGCGCUGACGUCGUGUUCUGCUGGUGGCCUAGCUUGAUGGCGGGUGCGGGCCUCGGGUCGAGAGUUGAAGGCGGACGAACUUUCCUGCAGAAUUCUCAGACGCGCGCCGACUAGCUCGGUCCAUUUUGAUCUCACACUUCGAAAAGUGAAACGAACGAACUGAAAACGAACACGACCUCACGCAUUUGAGAGGAAAGGGCCUCCGCCUGCGACUUUUGCCAGAUUCGAGCCCGUAGAAGAACAAUAUGUCCCACACAGUGACCAACUCGAGCUCGGCCGCCGAUAUUUCGGCAGCCCUCACGACCCCGACGCAGAACAGGAAGGCUCUCGCACUCGACCUCAAACGCAGCAAUAAGGUCGACUUCGCCAGGGAGCGCAGUUUUGUGCAGUACUCGCGCCGCUCCAACGGCAAGCACAACGGGGCCACCGUGCACCAGCAGCACCAGGCGGCCGUGGCCGCAGCAGCCAGCAGGGCGGCAAACAAACCCUCCCUCGAGAUCUACAGACCGCCGAUCACACGGGCGAGCGGUAACCACCGCUUCCACAAUUUGGAGCAGGAUUUUGAUCACUCUGUCAGUCGGCUGAAUGUGCACGCGAAGGAGUUCACAGUCAACUGCAAUUCCAAGAACAACCUGCACCUGAGGCAGGUGUCCAAUAACAGGGUCAGAGGUCAGCCAAAUGCGGGCGACCUCAGCAGCAUUCAGCAGUCCAUGUCUGUAGGAAACAUGAUCACAACCUCCGCGUCGGCAUCGCGGGUGCACUUCCACGAGGACGCUGCAAAGCCAAUGCCUCUGAAGGGCAUCAUGAAAAAGCCCACCGUCACGCCCGGCGGCCUGCAGCGCUCCAAGAGCAUGGGCGCCGCCGACAGCAUAAAAAACAGGGAGCCCGGAAUCUCGCCUGAGGCCCCGGAACUGGGCAUUUUCCCAGGAGAAGCCCUCGUCCUCAUAGAGAGAGCAGUAACUGACCCGAAUCAACUGUCCUCUCGCAGCUUGAUGUCUCUAGUCCGCCAGGUGCUUCAAAGGGUGAUCGAAAGCGCGCGUUACGCGGCGCCCGCUGCCAAGUUUUGCAUAUCUGUCAUCGAGAAAGAGAAACAGGAGACAUUUCUGGAGACCCUGUUGAACACUUGCACACAAUGGUACCACGAACGGGAUCGCCACCUCCGGCUCUCCGCUUCCACCGCCGUCCUGCUCCCAGGCGCACCGGCCCCCAGCUGUCCCCGCUGGGUCGCUUACAUGACUUUUCUCAACGAAAUGUACUGCCAGCUGAAACGGCGGCAGUUGCAGUUGCGAACCAAGCCCCAGGGUAUUUCACCAGAAAUGCAUCUUUUGGGACUGCUCUAUGACUCGUGCUUUGUUUGCCUGAAGCCCCCAGCCAUCAACUCAUUGGGAGAGACGGAAUGUCUAUUUUACGUAUUGACCUCGAUCGGACGCGACCUGGACUCGGAAAUGAAGCAGCGCAUGCCAAAAUUGAUGGCCGCGCUGCGAGACGCAUUCGUGGACACGUCGAUUCCCGGUGUGCGAAAGACCCUAAUGCAGUUGAUCGAAAUGAAGGCUUCCAGGUGGCAGUUGCCCGCCUCGGCCGUCCUCUACUACUACCCAGGCACAAGUGCAAUCAAGUAGGCGCGUGAACUUGACACACGCGCAUUGUAUUCAUCCGUUGCAGAAAAAAUCUACUUAAUCGCAAAUGUAACGUAGGAUCAAUUAUUGUUUACAAAUACACAAUAAGAAAAUGUAAAUACAAAGGCUGUUUCAAAAAACCUCUCACGUCAGUGCGUAUAAAAGAUGUGCGAUGCUUUGGCUGCUUGCAAGUGAUUUUGAUUGAAUUUUAUGUUUGUUUAAGAUUUUGUCUUGCUCUUUGAUUGCGGAGAGGUGAAAAGUUUUGCAAAAUGGCGCUGUAUAUAUAUAAUUUCAAAAUCUAUUGCCUGAUAUUGGGACGCACGGAGUGAUUGUCCGUUUGUGCCAAAUUUUCAAUUGAAUAAUUUAUUAUUGCUAUAUACAAUUUAUAAUUCUUGUUAUUUAAGAAGCCAGUCAUUUUGUGGCAUCUCUCGCCAUUUAAAUACACUGCUCUAUUUUAGCUACUUUUGAAAAUGAGAUGCCGAAAGCAUGUGACACACACGUAUUCACCGAAACCAGCUGUGGACUUGAGCUGUAAUUUUUUUAUUCUCAUCAAAGAUCAAUAAAAUACAGGAAAUUACAAAAUAA